UCAGGCGGAGAAGAAACGUGGACAGCAGCCGCCCAUCCACACCGCGCCCGGCGGCUGCAAGGGCCCCCGGUGCCCCCUGAGCAGGAGCGCAGUUUGCCUGGACCCCCGCUGGCUGUCGGGAUGGGGGACCCCACUGCUCCACUUCCCUCCCCUCCAAAAUCCCUGUGGAAGUGGUUUCUGGACGCCCUGGGUGCCUACCAGUUCGUGCUGACCUUCCUGUUCAUGGGUCUGAGCUGCACCCUCCUCGCCAUCUUCCUCCUCUUCACGCCGCUGUGGUCGCUGUCUGUCCUGUACGGGCUCUGGCUGGCCGUGGACUGGGACACGCCCCUCCAAGGCGGCCGGAGCUCCAAGUGGAUCAAGAACUGGAUCAUUUGGGACCACCUGAGGGACUAUUAUCCCAUUAAGCUGGUGAAGACGGCUGAGCUGCCCCCCGACCGGAACUAUGUGCUGGGCGCCCACCCGCACGGAAUCAUGUGCACGGGCACCGCUUGCAACUUCGCCACCGAGAGCACCGGCUUCUCCCGCCACUUCCCGGGGCUUCGUGCGUCCGUGGCCACCCUGGCCACCCUCUUCCGCCUGCCGGUCUUCCGGGACUACCUCAUGGCCCUGGGGCUGUGCCCCGUGAACCGCCAGAGCCUGGAUUUCCUGCUGUCUCAGGGCCAGCCGGGGCAGGCUGUGGUCAUCCUGGUGGGGGGCGCCCAGGAAUCCCUGGACGCAAUGCCCGGGGAGCAUCGCCUGACGCUGCGGAAACGCAAAGGCUUUGUCCGCCUGGCGCUGAGGCAUGGGGCCUCGCUGGUACCCGUGUACUCCUUUGGGGAGAACGACUCCUUCCAGCUCAAGCGCUUCGCCGCCGGCUCCUGGCAGCACGUGGCGCAAACGGCCUUCAAGGACCUCCUGGGUUUCUCUCCCUGCAUCUUCUGGGGGCGCAGCCUCCUCUUCCCACGCAUCUGGGGCCUGCUGCCCCUACCCGCACCCAUCACCACCGUGGUGGGCCGCCCCAUCCCGGUGCCCCGGCGCUACCAGCCCACCGAGGCCGAGGUGGACCACUAUCACCAGCUCUAUAUGGACGCACUGCAGCGGCUGUUCGAGGAGCACAAAGCCAGUUGCGGUGUCCCUGCCUCUGUGCAGCUCACCCUGGACUAG